AGAAAAGUUAAGCAAAUUUUCUGGGUGUAUCGCAGUUAUAAAAAAUGCUGCGUUUUCCCAGUUUUCUCUGGUAUUGCUUUGUUAUAAUAGGAAGGGUUACAAGUCAAAAUCUCGGCAGUGAUAUUACAGAUUUGGACGAACGCAUAAGAUGUAACUCCAUUAUACACGUUACGUCCGACGGGAACGUAGUUUUGGAUCAAAACGCUGAACAGCAAUGCCCGGCAGAGUCUAGCUGCUUGCACAUGAAUGCGACUGUGGAUAUGACAGUAGGAGGGAAUACAGUUUCUGGCACCAUCGUAUAUGGCGCUUGUAUUUCUUCAUCGGCUUGUCCUACCUUGACCUGUGAGCAGCUUACUGGGUCCGGAAUGCUCGCGGCUUUACCUGGCAACCCUCAGCUCGCAGAAUGCAACCUGAACUGCUGCCAAGGGGACUUAUGUAACGGCCCAGACACCCCGCCACCUACGCCCGAAGUACUGAAGUGCAAUACCAUAAUACGAGUGCGUGCAGAUGCCGAUGUUAUUAUGAACCAAGUCUCAGAACAAGUCUGUACUCCUGACUCGAGCUGUUUGUUUGUUACAGCGGCGGUUAGCAUUAGCCUACAAGGGCGACCAGUUACGCCUGGAGAAGUAACGUACGGAUCGUGCGCACCUACUUCUGCGUGUAACGGAUUGACGUGCGAUUUACUAUCCGAUGGUAUGCUAUCCGCUAUCCCCGGAUCGGCGGAACUCGUAAGCUGCAACGUUAGAUGCUGCGAAGGGAAUUUAUGCAAUGACGACGGUAGUGUCCAUGCAAACGUAACCGUUGUUGCUCCGACCCCUCCAACCGAAGGUUCUGGAGCAGCAGACGAUUGCAACUACGUGUAUAACCUUACUGCUACGGACUCCGGUUUAAACAUAACGUCGCCUAAUUAUCCUGAAAACUACAAUAACCAAGCUGCAUGCUCAUGGACCAUCACUGUCCCAGAGAGUUUUGUAGUCCUGCUAGAAGUUAUGACAUUCGAUUUGGAAAUGUGUUGCGAUACACUUUCGUACAUGGGUGGGCAAAGUACAGGCAGAACUACAAUAUCUACAACUGAGUUCAUAAGGUCUCAAUCUAACCAAAUGGUUUUGACUUUUACGAGUGACAGUUCUGUAACAAAGCAAGGAUUUUGGAUUAGAUUUGGUACAAGUAUACCAGGCUCUACGGAACAAGAUUGCAAACAAAACAUUACUGCAAGCGAUGUAGUACAGAGAAUUAGUACUCCUAACUACCCAUUGGAAUACACACCUAAUCUAGCAUGUGAAUGGAAUAUACAAACAGAAACAGGAUACCAAAUUCAGUUUACCAUUGGCGAUUCGAAAACAGAAUCUUGCUGUGAUAAAUUAACAUUGUAUGAAGGAAGUGAACAAGUAGGCCAGUUUUCAAACACUUUUGGAUCUGAGACUUAUCUCACUGCCAAUACAAGUUUAAGAAUUACUUUCACAAGUGAUGGUAGUGUUCAGUAUAAAGGUUUUACUGCAAAUAUUAUCAGAGUUCCAUAUACAGCACCCCCUACUAUAGAAACUACUACUACAACAGCUGAACCAGGCUGCGGUCAGAACAUUAUAGCAUCUGAUGUGAUACAAAGGAUUAGAACACCCAACUACCCAAGUCAAUAUACACCCAACAUUGACUGUGAAUGGAACAUACAAACAGAAUCUGGAUACAAAAUCCAAAUAAAUUUCGGCGAUUCGCAAACAGAAUCAUGCUGUGACCAGAUCAAGUUGUACGAGGGUACAGAAAGAGUCAAAACAAUUUUUGGCACCUUUCCAAGUGAUGCUUAUCGUACUACCAAUACAAGUUUAAGAAUUACUUUCACAAGUGAUGGUAGUGUUGAAUAUAAAGGUUUUACUGCAAAUAUUGUCAGAGUGCCAGAUUCAACUAUAGAAUCUACAAUGACUACAGCUCCCACGACAGAAGGUGGCAGUGGAGAACAGCCAGAAAACCUGAACUGUGGCAUGAGUGAUCUCUCUGCUGUGCCUGGCGAAACAAAAACAUUUCAAUUGCCCAAUCACCCUGAGAAUUACCUACACAACCUCCAGUGUUGGUGGUUCAUUACAGCUCCACAAGGAUUAAAAAUUAAAGUACAAUUGGUGGAUUUUAUCACUGAACCUUGCUGCGAUAAAUUAAAGGUUUAUGAUUCUGCUGUAAGAACAAACGUUUCAACAUUACUGCUCGGGGAAUACAGUGGCAACCGUAAAGGCGAAUUUAUAUAUUCUAUUGAAAAUUACUUGGGCUUAUAUUUUGCUAGCGAUGCUUCCGUUGCAAAUUCCCCAAUACAGUUUCAAUACACUGCAGUUGCUGAUGUCCCUCCAGUUACUACAACGCCUGCCCCAACAACUACUACAGAAUUUGGUCCUGAGGGUUGCCUGAGCCAGCACGUAAUAGCGUUAGUUGGUCUCACAGAAUACGUACAGUCCCCAAAUUACCCCAGCAAUUACCCCAACCAUGCAAACUGUUGGUAUGCUUUUUCUGCCCCAUCUGGUUACAGAGUGAAACUGAAUUUUACGACUUUUGUCACCGAAUUUUGCUGCGACAGAAUUGUCCUGUACAAUUCUAUUAAUGAAACAUAUGACUCUCAAAUGGAGCUUGGGACAUACAAAGGCGCUCUAACUGGCACAGUUAUAUACUCCAGUACUGAGGUUUUGGGCAUGAGAUUUACUAGCGAUCGCUCUUUAAGAAGACAGGGCUUUAGAAUAAGUUUCACUGCAGUUCUGGAAAAUGAAGUACCAGUAACAACAACGGCGCCAGAACUACCAAAUCCAUGUGGCAGCGAAAACUAUUUGCAUGCCGUUGACGCUGACGGGUAUUUACAACUCCCAAGCUACCCUAACGACUACGAUCCAAACUUAAAUUGCUGGUGGACUAUUACUGCUACUGUAGGAAAAAGAGUCAGAUUAGAUUUUGUCGAUUUUUCGUUAGAAUCUUGCUGCGAUUUUCUUUAUAUAUACAAUUCGGAAGGACAAACAGAUAACAGGACCCUGCUCAUGGGUUAUUAUAGUGGCGACUCUAAUGGUACAGUCAUUUAUUCCCAAUCUGAAUUUGUAAGCAUAAAGUUCCAUACGGAUACUUCUGUUGGGAAAAGAGGAUUUCGAAUUAAAUAUACUGCGAUUGGUGCCAGUGAUGUACCCCCUUCAAGCACUGAACUACCUACUACUGUAUCCUCUACUACAGCGCCAAAUGAACGCUGCGGGCCCCACCAUGGCUAUCUUGCCGUCGUGGGCUUGACAGAGGAAUAUAUACAACUCCCAACUUUCCCUAAUAACUACAACUCAAACCUAAACUGCUGGUGGACGGUCGACGCUCCCGUUGGAAAAAUCGUUCGACUUGAUUUUGUAGAUUUUGUAACGGAAUCUUGCUGCGAUAUUUUAUAUGUUCUUGAUGCACGAUCACGCAAUGAAAGUAACAACAGUUCUCUAACUCUUGGCCGAUUUAGUGGUACAGUAAGUAACACUACAACCGUAUACUCACGCGGCAACUAUUUGAGCAUUCAUUUUCAAACUGAUUCUUCUAUACAACACAGUGGUUUUAGAAUUCAGUUUUCUGCAGUAGACCCAAGUGAAGUUCCUACCCAAGCCCCAACAACAGCUGGUACAACAACAACAAGGUCAACAGAAUACUGUGGUGCCGAAUCUGACCUACAAGCAUUAAGUACUGUACAGUUUUUAACCUCUUAUGGCUACCCAAACAACUAUGCCAACAGCUUGAGGUGUUUUUGGACCAUUCAUGCCCCAGAAGGCCAAAGAAUUAAACUGAAUAUAACUGAAUUUAGCACAGAAUCUUGCUGUGAUAGACUAUAUAUAUACGACUCUGCGGAAAAAAUCCAACACCCUCAAAUUAUUGCCACCCUUAGUGGUGUAGUGGCCCCAGACACUACUAUAUACUCACGACAAGAAUUUAUUACGCUGUUUUUUUCCUCUGAUACUUCUCUAUAUAGUUUUGCCGGGUUCAGAAUUGGUUACUCUGCUAUAGACGAAAGCGAGUUACCACCCCCCACAACUAUGCCUCCACCGUCUCCUUGUGGAUUCGAAGCAACUGCAAGUAACGUCAGCCAAGCUCUUAAUUCGCCCAACUGGCCAGGCGGAUAUCCAUCUAGUACAACUUGUGAGUGGACUGUAAGAGCCAGCUCGCCGAAUAGUUACGUUCAAUUAACUAUCACAAGUUUUGAAACCGAAAGCUGCUGUGACUACUUACAAAUAAAAGAUGGCCAAAAUAUUGAACUGGAUAAUCUCAAAGGAUCACUCUCACCAAGAACAUUCACUGCCAGAAUUCUAAAGUUAAAAUUUCGUUCUGAUGGAUCUGUUCAAAGAGAUGGGUUUUCUGGCACAUUUAUUGAAACAGAUAAUAUACCAACAACACAUGCGCCUACAACAGCAGCUCCUCCUUGUGGUUUCGAAGCAAUCGCAAACGAAGAACAGCAACCUCUAAACUCGCCGAACUGGCCCGCAAAUUAUGAAAAUAGUUUAGACUGCCGAUGGACUAUAUCUGCACCAUUAGGAAAAUAUGUUCAGUUUUAUGUUAGACAAAUUAUAACAGAAAGUUGCUGUGACUAUUUGGAGGUUACUAUUGACAAUGGUGCACCACAACAAUUAAAAGGCAUUGCUACUAAUGAGACAUUUAUUGGAACGACUAUUAACUUGAGGUUUCAUACCGAUGGAUCUGUACAACGACAGGGGUUCGAGGCCUCGUUUGCUGUAACUGACACAUUACCAACAUCUUUAACAUUAACAACAACAAUUUCUUCAAUGUUCACAACAGUACCUGCCAUAUCUUGUGGCUUCAAUGCCAUGGCAAGUGCCACGGCACAGAACAUAUCGUCGCCUAACUACCCCAACCCCUAUCCUAACGGUCAGAACUGCGUGUGGCAAUUAAACGCCACGAACGGGAACCAAGUCAGGCUGAUCAUCGAAGAAAUAUCGACUGAAACGUGCUGUGACUAUUUACGGGUGUCAGAAGGGGGCGUUAUAAUUGAAGAGUUAAAAGGCAACCAUCAGAGAAAAAUAAUAACUUCUCAAAACGGGAGUUUACAGCUUAUUUUCCACAGUGAUACCUCUGUGAAUGGACAAGGGUUUAUUGGACAAUUUAUGGAAACUAAUGAUACUGGAUUUGCUACAUGUGGAUUCGAAAGGCUGGCGUCCCGUUAUUCCCAAACUUUUGUCUCUCCUGGUUACCCGGGGCGAUAUGGGCCUUCCCUUAACUGCCGUUGGGUUCUAAGAGCUCUGCCAGGCAUGCAAGUUAGAUUAGACAUUGCAACUUUUCAAACCGAGACAUGCUGUGACUCUUUAGAGGUCCUCGAUGGCACUAAUCAGUUAGCACUUCUAAAAGGCACGCAUGACAAUCUAAGCUUCACUUCAACAAACGGGACAUUAAAUUUAAUCUUUACUAGCGAUGGUUCUGUCGCUUUAAACGGGUUUUCUGCCAGUUUUGUUGAAACUGAGACAGUUACUAAUGUAACUAGUAGAACAGCUCUUUGUGGCUUUGAUGCACAAGCUACUACUACAAGUCAAGUGCUAAAUUCGCCGGGCUACCCUGAAAAUUAUGCCAACAGUUUAAUUUGUCGGUGGAUGCUAACUGCAAGCCCCGGAAAAUUCGUUCGUUUUACUAUAACAAGUUUUGACACCGAGUCUUGCUGCGACAAGUUAAAAGUUUUUGAUGGAAAUACAGAACUGCGCGAAAUUAAAGGCGCAUUACAAGACACUAUGGAGUUCUUUUCAACAAACAGAACUUUAACUCUAGUGUUUCAAUCAGACAGUAGUCGUACAGGCCCUGGAUUUACUGCAUCAUUUAUUGAGUCAAGUGUCUCUCCUACUGUUGCAUCAGCGACGGGUUGCUUUUACACGCUUAACGCUACAACUACUUUGGGGACAAUAACGUCGCCUGGAUAUCCCCAUAGUUAUGAAAACGAGGUUGACUGUGAAUGGGACUUCAAUGCACCACAAGGAAAACAGAUUCGACUUAUCGUCCAAACAUUAUCAACUGAAAUGUGUUGCGACUAUUUAAAGGUGCUCGACAAUGGUAACCAGAUAGGGGACUUACGUGGCGAACAGUCAAACCAGACUUACACCUCCACGAAUGGCAGGUUAACUGUUUUAUUCCAUUCUGAUUCUUCCGUCCAAAGAGCUGGCUUUACUGCUACUUAUCAAGGUACUUAA